AUGUUAACAUGGACUUUGAUAGUGCAGCUCUGCUUCAGAACUGAUCUUGCAUAGCCAGAUUGCGCAGUGUGCAUUCAUCAGCCCUCCUUAGGAGAAGGCAGGAGACCCAAGCGUCUGUAGCUGGUCUGGAACGGGAAGGACUGGGAGAGGAACCAUGACCCAAGAGCGACUGUGGCAGGUCCUGGAUGCAUCAUGGGGAGACCCUCGCACCCUCUCUGCUCUGCUGUGCAGCUCAGUAGCGGUUGUUGUGCUGCUGAAGUGGAUGGAACGUAGGCAGAUCCAGCAGAAGAUGAAGGAGGCGAGGAGGGCACGGAAUCUGGCCCUGGAGCGAAUGGAGAAGGCAGCUCACGGGUUUAAGCAAGAGAAUCCAAGCACCCAGACUGCGCAAAUCCUUUCAUUGACAAUGGUGGAGCUGGUGGAGAAACUGAAGGAUGGUUCCCUGUCCCCAGAAAGCAUCCUCUACACCUAUAUGGGCAAAGCUUUGGAGGUGACUCGGGAGGUGAACUGUGUGACAGACUUCAUUCAUGGCUGUGAAGAUCAACUCCAGAAACUGAAGAAUCAGAAGGAGAAGGGGCUGCUCUAUGGCAUUCCCGUCAGCAUCAAGGAGCACAUUGACUGCAAGGGCCACAUCUCCUCUGGAGGGAUGGUGAAGUUCCUGGGCCAAGUAAAGGAAGAAGACAGCGUCAUCGUCCAGGUUCUAAAGUACCAGGGGGCAAUCCCCUUCGUGAGAACCAACGUCCCACAGACAAUGAUGAACUAUGAUUGCAGCAACCUCGUCUUUGGCCAGACACUGAACCCUCUCAACCACCAGAAGAGCCCCGGGGGGUCCUCAGGAGGGGAGGGAGCCCUGAUUGCAGGGGGAGGCUCUAUCCUGGGCAUUGGGUCAGAUGUAGCUGGUAGCAUCCGCCUGCCGUCCAGCUUCUGUGGGCUGUGUGGGCUCAAACCCACAGGCAACAGGAUCAGCAAACUGGGUGUUGUUUCUCCUAUAGGAGGAAUGGGAUCAGUAGUGCCAGCGCUGGGGCCAAUGGCGAGGGAUGUGGACAGCCUGGCCCUCUGCAUGAAGGCGCUGCUCUGUGAUGAGAUGUUCCGGCUGGACCCCACUGUGCCCCCCAUCCCCUUCAAUGAGGAGGUUUACACCAGUUCAAAGCCACUUCGGAUUGGAUACUAUGAAGGAGAUGGCUACUUCCAACCCUCACCCAGCAUGAAACGAGCUAUUCAGGAGACAAGAAAGCUCCUCCAGGAUGCAGGGCAUACGCUUGUUCCCUUUGUACCACCCAAGAUCGACUACAUGGUAGAUGAGCUGUUCACCAGAGGGAUUUUCUCGGAUGGUGGUGCUCACCUGAUGGACUGCUUCAAAGGAGACAUUGUGGAUCCCACCCUGAGAUUCCAGUUCAAUACUUACAGGCUUCCUGCUCUGGUGAAAAGGAUCUUCGCUAUCCUUCUGAAACCCAUAUACCCAAGAAUCGCUGGGGAUCUCAGUGCUCUCUGUGGAGUGGGGUCUGCCAAAAACCUCUGGGAUCAGCAUGGAGCAGUGGAGGCUUACCGCACUGAAUUCAUUGUCAAAUGGAGGAAGCUGAGGCUGGAUGUGAUUCUUUGUCCUGCACUGGGGCCAGCCUUUAACCAUGGCUAUGCUGGGAAGCUCUUUGCUGCGACCUCCUAUACCAAUUUAUACAACGUCUUAGACUUCCCUGCUGGGGUGGUGCCGGUCAGCACAGUCACAAGAGCUGAUGAAGAAGAACUGAAGCAUUACCGAGGGCACUACGGAGACCCUUGGGAUAAGAGGCUGAAAGAGGCUGUGGAAGGAGCUGUGGGGCUGCCAGUGGCUGUUCAGUGCGUGGCUCUGCCAUGGCAGGAAGAGCUGUGCCUUCGCUUCAUGAAGGAGGUGGAGACGCUUGCCCACAGCAUGAAGAGAAAUGUGUAAUUUCUAGGAACCAAUAACCACAAAGCAGACAGAGACCUGCAGACUCUGAACCACUGUUUCAAGAAGCUGCAAUAAAUGCUGUUUAAAAAUAGUCAGCAAAAAUCUCA